AUGAAGGCCCUGCACGCCUCAGGAGCCAGAGUGGUGGCUGUGAGCCAUACCAAUGCCGACCUGGUCAGCCUCUCCAAGGAGAUGAGGUGUGGCCCCGGGGUAGAGCCUGUGUGCGUGGACCUGGGUGACUGGGAGGCCAUGGAGCAGGCGCUGUGCAACGUGGGCCCUGUGGACGUGCUGGUGAACAUUGUCGCCAUGGCGCUGCUGCAGCCCUUCCUGGAGACCACCAAGGAGGCCUUCGACAGCUGAGGAGUAGGAGAGGAGGGUGCCCUCUCUCUUGGCUUACAGAUUGUGGCCCGGGGCAUGAUCAGCUACGGAGUCCCUGGCUCCAGCGUGAAUGUCUCCAGCAUGGCGGCCCAUGUCACCCUUCCCAACCUAGCUGCCUACGGCUCCACCAAGGGUGCAAUGACCAUCCUGACCAAAGCCAUGGCCAUGGAGCUGGGGCCGCACAAGAUCCGGGUGAACUCGGUAAACCCCACGGUGGUGCUUACCGCCAUGGGCCAGGAAGCCUCGUCUGACCCCCAGUUCGCCCGGAAGCUAAAGGAGCGCCACCCGCUGAGGCAGUUUGCAGAGGCGGAAGACGUGGUCAACAGCAUCCUCUUCCUGCUCAGCGACCGCAGCGUCUCCACCAGCGGCUCGGGAAUCUUUGUGGAUGCCGGGUACCUGGCCUCCUAAGAGCGCGGUGCUCUGGGCGGCCAGAAGGAUGGUGCUCGGCUC